UAACGGCCCCAAAUCCAUUGUGUUUCCCGUGCUGAGCGGGAGUGGGCGCGGUUGGUCUCCCUGCUUUCCCGGGGAUCUCUUGUUCCCGGGAGUGCAGGAGCAGCCCUUAGUGCCCCACCUGGACGUGCCACGCGUGGGCUUCCCGUGGCAGAGUUUCCUUCCGCCUCGGAGUUUGGACUGGAUAGAACUCAGCCUUCUUCCCAGGACUGCCACCAACACAGAAUUUUGGUCUAAACUUCAUGGAUAGAAAUUUAAAUGCUGCUUUGUUGUUACUGUUCAACAUCACGAGCUAUUUGCAGAAUAGUAUUAGUGGCUUUAAUACAAUGGAAUUCCUAACUUUAGUGGCAAGACCCAAGUUACAGAGGUAGAAUUUCUCCCUUGCAGGCCUUGCUAACCAACAGCUUUAAAAAAACCCUUGGGAUUAAAAAUUUUGAUACAUAUGGCUUCAAAGGGAUUAUUUUAUGGAUAAUUAACUUUUUUAUAGGUAGUCUUUGUUGGGGGAGAGAGGUUUGGGGAUCUUUUCUGGUUCUUUAAGGUAUUAAAAAACCUGAAAAAUACAUACAUACUGGUUUUUCUCACUACCUGCUUCUCAAAACAAGCUGCAGAGUAACCAGAUCAGAAAGUUUUUAUUAUUCUAUGCAACUUUGUACACAAGCGUUCUUUUUCCUUCUUGCCCCUGGAAGCUGAGGCAAGAUCUGUAUUUCUUAAAAAACACAUGCAAGCUGCUUUUGUCAGCAUAUAAAGGGGAGGUGGGGAUGUAAGAUUGGUUUGGUGGUUAUUUUUGUGAAGACAGUUCUAAGGAGGAAAUAAUCAAAGUGAUGCAGAGGUAGCAUCUGAGGUUUCCGUGGAGGUACCAGUGAGGCAGCGACUUGGGGAUCCUAAAGCCACUUUUGAUCCUGCAGACAUUGCUCCACGUCAGUGAUGGCGUUGCAGGAGUUACCUUCUUGUGGGAGGUCAGUUUGGGAGUGCUUGGGUCCUCUGCUGUUUCUGCAGCUCUGAGCUUCUCUGAGGGCAAGGAUGGGGCACGCCGUGCAAAACUGAAAUGAAUUGGAUGGUGCCUUGGACUUCUCAUAAAUGUGUUCUCUGCCUUCAGGAAGCAAAACCCCUGAAGUCAGUUGAGAAGAACUGGUCCUGGAAUACUUCAUGUAUUUUACAGGAAUAAAUUCAAAUAGAGAUUUCCAGACCGUACUGUUUUAUUUAAAUGGCUAUUUAUGACUUUUACAAGUUGUUGGUAAAUGUCCUGUUACAUUGGAGCAGGAUUUAGAUUCACUCUGGGCUCUAAACAAACAGAAUUGUCAAUAUGUGUUAGGACUGAGAGACACCUUUUGUUGGUGGCUGGGUACAGAAAACAAAUACGAGAUUUCCUCACUUCCAGAACAGUUUGUACAUCCUGAGCAACACUAACCUCGGCAUGUGUCUGUGCCAUCUCCUGCACUGCAAUUCCCUUUUAAAUGAACUUUAUGUCCCGGGGCAUAUCUUUGUAAUUGUUUUGUGUAAUACACGUGGCUGCUCUUGCACUCCUCUUUGAUGAUGCUUUGGGAGUUGCCCCUCCAAAGUCAAUAGGAGCAGUGAAAGGCUGAGUUACUGUUCAGUGUAUUUUGUGUUCUCCAGACACGAACCUGCACUGUGCUGUGGAGCCUUUGUGCCUCAAGCACCGGGGAUGUGGAGGGGUGAGUGUGGGCACUGCUGCAGUUUGGUCAGAGCCGUGCUGUGUGUGGCAGAGGAGUCCAGGCGGGGCUGAGGCUCCGGGGAGCACAUUCCCUGGGAGCACACAGCUGCCAGAUUUGUCACUGCAGUGCAGCCCCUGGACCUACAGCUGCCCAGCAGCACAGAAAUAGCCACUGAAAGCUGGAGGGGAAAAGAGUUAAAGAGCUUCCCUUUCACCUUACACAAAUACACAAGGAAUACUUGGAAAAGAAGGGAUGUCAGGAAUGCUGUUGGGAGGAGGGACAGCUGUUUGUUUUUUGUCCUCCCACAGAGUACAACCUAUUUAAAUAUUUACAUGUUCUGUUUUUAAAAGACUUUCCUUUCUUUCCCGUACUUUUAUGGUUAUUAAGUUAGGGAUGGUGGAGAUGGAGAGAUUUGUAAUUGCUAAUUCUUCCACUUGUAGUGACAUUGAAAAAAAAAUUAUAUUGUUUUAUUUACUCAGAGAAAUAUGUUGGUAGAGUUUUCUAUCAGAUUUAAAUGGUUUCACCCAUGAUUGUGCUUUUUCUUUUAAUAUUAUUGCUUUUAGUUACUGUCUAGAUUUGGAAAGACAGGUGUCUGCUAAGGACGGCAGGAGCCUCCCCUGAAAUGGAAAAAUGUAAACCCCUUCCCUCUGACAUGUUAUAAAUUUGAAAUUAAGGGGGGCUCUCAGGCAAAAGUAUGGGAACAGGUAUAACAGCUCUUUAUUAGGGAAGAAAAUAAAAAAAUAAAAUAAACAAUGUAGUAAAAAAUAACACUGAUAUUAAAGCACUUUGGGUGCAAAAAUUAUAUACUUGUUAUUAAUAAAUAGCUCUGAAUGGUCACUGGGGCCUUCAUUGAUUCACAAAUGGCCUAUUCCAGCCUUGGUCACAUCCUGGGGAUCUGUUCUCCUACAAGGUCACUGCAUCUAGAGCUGUAUAACCUCUUGCAGCAUCUAUUUGCAACUGUUAAGGAAACAUGUUAAUGACAUGAAACAUCUUGGGUUGCAGAGUUCAUGCAGGGGUGGGAAAUGUAAAACCAGAACUAACGCUCCAGGGCAGAGACUUCAGCAUGUGGUUCGGUUAGGAAGUAAUCUUUUGAAAUCAACAGCUCAUGGGUGACACCAAAGGUGUCCAGAGUUGCUGUUGGGCUGAGGCCUUGGUCAUUAAUCAUAGCUUAAAAUUAAGGUAUUUCACCUCAAUGUAAGAUGAGUUUCACAAAGAGCAUGUUUUGCACACAGUACAGACCUUCAAUACACAGUCUGAAAGUAAUUUGGCAUGAGAAAGCGUGUUUAAUUUCAUAGUAGACCGUGAGUGUUUUGUGUCGUCGGGUAGUUUUAGUUGGUGAGAUGUGAGUAAUGUUCAGUUGCUGUUUGGUUUUGAGGAGUAGUGUCUGUGUAACCAAGGAGUCCUUCGGAGAGUGAAGGUUGACUGGCAGACCUCUGACAGACUUUGGCAAGCCUCCCUGCCGCCUGCGAGAAACCCGCUGGACCGAUGGAUGCCAUCCUGAGCUGCAAGGCGGAGGACCUGGAGGAUUACUACAACUUGCUGGGAUGCGAUGAGCUAUCGACGGUUGAACAGAUUCUUGCCGAAUAUAAGAUUAAAGCCCUUGAAUGUCAUCCUGACAAACAUCCUGGAAACCCCAAAGCAGUGGAGGAUUUCCAGCGGCUGCAGCGGGCCAAGGAGACUCUGACCGACGAGCAGAGCCGGGCGCGUUACGAUCACUGGCGGCGGAGCAGAGUCCCGGUCCCGUUCCAGCAGUGGGAGGCGCUGGGCGGCUCCGUCAGGACGUCAAUGCACUGGGCUGUCCAAAGUAAGAAGGACCAAAUGCUGGAAGCUCCUGACUUUGGAAAUACCAACAACACAGCUAAGGAGGUGUGGACCCAACAGACAGAAAACAGUGGGGAUGGAUUGCUGGAAGGGAGCAGGGAACAAGAUGAUGUUGCAAUCCCUGAUGUGAAACCACAGUCUUCAAAGAAUCCAGACUCCCCAAAAUUUUCAGAGGGGAAUUACUGGCACUUGCGUUUCCGCUGGUCAGGCGAUGCUCCAUCAGACCUUCUGAGGAAAUUCAGAAACUAUGAGAUCUAAAAUGAGAAACACGCAGAAGGAUGAGAUCAUCUGUUUAGUGUUCAGUCUGGGUUUUUCAACAGCAGUUAUAAGUUAUUUGUAUUUUGUAAUGUGUUGUUCUAGUCAGCGUCUAAGUACUGAUUUAUCACACAUGCUGUGAGCGUUACAGAUAGAGAUUUUUCUGCUCAAUAAGCAAAGCCCUUUUCAAUAUUAAUAUAAAGUGAUGUUGUGAAGUUAUCUAACAUCUUGUAUUCUCAGAUAUUGUGCAGUGAUUAAUAUUUCUUUCAAUAGUGUGAUGUUAUAAAAAACAUACUCUCGGUAGAACCCUGGGCUCCAGGGUAUCCUACUCAGUGAGGAUCUUCCAAAAGCUGUAUGACAAUGAACUGUAAAUAGAGCUGUGCUUAUCUCUUAACUCUGUGCUCUUCACUUCUCCAUUGCAUUGGACUCACUGCACUGUUUUAUAAUGUACUUGUUACAAACUUAACUUGUAGGAGACUUGUGAUUUUAUGUUAUAGAUGAAAUGAGAAGGUUCUUGUUAUCCAAAGUCUCUGUGACAGAUCAAGCACUCCUAAAAAUCACUUGUCUUCUACCUUAAUAAGAACACUUUUUGUACCAGCUAUUUGUUUUGGAAAGCAGUUUCAGAACUUUACUUCUCCAGAUAGCAAUUUUUGUCUUAAGAUGUAUUGGUGGAAAACUGAUCCCCUGUGUAUGUGUGCCAGCUUUGUCCUUGCUUAUAGCAAUUCCCCUCUGUGCUCAGGUGUGCUAGACAUGGAUUUACCAGGGUUUUGUAUGGUGAGGAAUGAAAAAUCAGCCUAGUCAGCACUAAUGUGUACAAAAUCUCACAUGAAAAGUUUUUGAUACUUUGGGCAACUUUUCAAAUUCUACAUUGUUGUUUAUUUAUUUUGUGUUUGUUUUCUUCUUUGCAAACUUGGCUAAUAUGUCAGGUGUUGACGUGGUUUUGUGCAGGCAGAUAAUUCCAUCAGCAGCAAAUAAAACGUCAUGCAUACAGAAAA